AUGUUAUGUCCGUCGGAACCACAAGUUUCAAUAUAUUUUUCAGCAGUUGUUAAUAAAUCUGCCUUAGCCAUCAGUAAUGAGAUCAUUGAUUAUAAGAGGCCAGACGCUAGUAGUGUAAUCGAAGAAGAAGCUGCAGAAUCUUCUAAUAUUGAAGAAGCUGAAUCAUCGAUUCGAGGGAGUGAUUCUUUGAAUAACGAGGAAGCACGAGCAGUGCUAGGGCGACUUGAAUAUCAAAAGGGGAAUGUAGAAGCUGCUCUUCAUGUAUUUGAAGGGAUGGAUAUAGCCGCAGCUACACCGAAGAUCAAAAUUAGCCUUACUGAACUUAAGAAGCCUCAAAGACGGUCACAAAACUAUGCUGCUCCGCCGUUCUCUAUAAAAACUGUUGGUUUACUCCUUGAAGCUGCUUAUCUCAAGUCAAAAUCGUUGCAGAGUUCUGGACGGUAUAAAGAAGCGGCUGAAUCAUGCAAGGCUAUUUUGGACAUUAUCGAAUCAUCUUUACCAGAAGGCUUGCCUGAAAACCUUGAAGCCGACAAUAAAUUGCAUGAGAUUUUAAGAAAUGCAAUUGAGUUACUUCCAUAUUUGUGGGAACUUGCUAACAUGCAUCAUGAAGCAAUCUUGUCGUAUAGGCAGGCACUGCUCCAUAACCGGAAUCUCAACAAUGAAACGACUGCAAAAAUUCAAAAGAAUUUUGCCAUUUUUCUUCUUCAUAGUGGAGGAGAAUAUACUAGGCCGCAUGAUAUCCAAAUGGAUGAUUUGUUCAUACCCAACAACAACAUAGAAGAAGCUAUUUUACUUUUAACAAGUUUACUAAGAAAAGUUUCUUUAGAUAGAGUCAUAUGGGACCCAUCCAUAUUGGACCAUCUUUCUUACGCGUUGUCCAUAUAUGGUGGACUCAAGUCUUUAGGUAAACAGUUAGAAGAAUUACUUCCCCGGAUUAUUGAUGAUAAUGAAAGGUACCUACUUUUAGCUCUAUGUUAUUAUGGAGAAGGUGAUGAUUUAUCCGCUUUGAAUCUACUGAAACAUGUAUACGAAGGUGAUGGUCCAAAUUGUGGGUUGGCUUUGUUAAUGGCGUCAAAAAUAUGUGAUGAAACCAAAAACUCCAAUUUUAUGGAAGGAGUAAGUACUGCAAAGAGAGCCAUUGAAGUUUAUAAAGAUAAAUGUGAUGAAAUGGUUGGUGUUGCAUAUUCCUUUUUGGGUGUUUCCUUUUCUGCCUAUUCAAAAUCGGAAGUCACUAAUUUUGAAAGGGUUAGUAGACAACGUGAAGCACUUGAGUCUUUAGAAACAGCAGGGAGGUUGACUAGAAUGGUUGACUCGAGAAUUCUUUAUCACCUUAGCUUAGAAAAUGCUGAUCAGAGGAAGUUGGAUGCUGCUCUUAGUUAUGCAAACCGUUUGAUUAGUUUGGAAGGUGGAUCCAACCUCAAAGGAUGGCUGCUAUUAGCUAGAAUAUUGUCUGCACAAAAACGCUUUGAAGAUAGUGAGGCUAUUACCAAUGCAGCUUUAGAUCAGACUGUGAAAUGGGACCAGGGUGAUCUACUCAGAACUAAAGCCAAGCUCCAGCUUGCACAGGGUCAAAUAAAAGGUGCCAUUCAUACAUACACUCAGCUUCUCGCAGUUCUUCAGAUUCAGCGUAAAGGUGUUGGAUUUCCAAAGCAACAUCUUGAGGUUGGUGAGAAUUGUCAUCUAAGGUUGGAGGUAGAGACAUGGAAUGAUCUUGCUAUGGUCUAUAUUAACUUAACUAAGUGGCAAGACGCGGAGACCUGUUUGUUGAAAUCAAAAGCUCUAACUAACUAUUCGGCUUCUACACGACAUACUUAUGGGUUGCUCUAUGAAGCACAAGGUCUCCAUAAAGAAGCUCUAAAAUCUUAUAAACAUGCGCUAGAUGUCAAUCCUGCUCAUGUGCAGAGUCUUAUUUCCAUAGCUGUUGUGUUCAGGAAGCUUGGUGGACAGUCUGGAGCUGUGGCCCAAAGCUUCUUAAAUGAAGCGUUGAGAGUAGAUAGGAUGAACUCUUCGGCAUGGUAUAAUCUAGGCCUGUUCCUUAGAAACGAGGGCCCCAUGUGCCUAAGUGAAGCUACUGAUUGUUUUCAGGCUGCUAGUGUAUUAAUGGAAACAGAACCCAUCGAGCCGUUCAGAUGACCAAUUGUAGCAUGUAGAUGCGGAAGACAUGACAAUGAUGACUUUGUGCUGUUGCUAGCUUACAUAGCGGCUCGAAGCUUGUGGAGAUGGGCUCGAAACUGAUAAAGAGUUAUAGAGUGUAGGCUAGAAAACGAUUUCAUUUGUUUAGAUUAUUUAUUCUACUAUGCAGGUCUUAUUUUUACAAAGCAGGAAAUAGAAAGUGGCAUCAGAAGUGUAUUUCCUUUUCUGGAUACAUAUGAUGCUACAAGGAGAGAUACAUAAACGGAGGAGGUUUUUUCCUAUUUCAGAACCCUUUUCAA